UCGGAGUGUAAAUUACCAAACACGACGGUAACAUACUUUCUUUGUUUUUUUUUAGCUCUUAGUGCAUUCUGUUCAGUUUCAAGUGUCAUGAAUCCUACUCCUGCAUUUUCUGCAGCCAGCGUUACCACAUCUAACUUGCAGGCUGGAAAUACAGCCUCUGCCACUUGGAUUAACAAGUUAAAGAUCGUAGGGCGAGGACAAAAUUGGGCAGUUGCACCAUGCGAACCAUUUUACCUAAUGGGUACGGAACCUCCUGCUCCAGAUGCCGCUCUCACAGGUGCUAAGAACUUAAUUGAACAUUAUGGCUUAGAGAAUGCUUAUCAAAAAUUUUGUGGUAAACGCCUUAGAGAAGAAUUAAAUGCUUUCUUACCUCAUUUAUCUGGAAAUAUUGACGUUCCGGCCUCAGUUGAUGAAAGUGGGUUAAUGAGUUUAAUAGAAAGACCACCAAUUCGAGGUAAAGAAUUAAGACCAUUUGCACCAAGUCAAUUAGAUCAUGCAUUUCGAUUACAUCCUGGACCAUUACCUCAAGAGUAUGCUUCACUUUUCGCCGCAGCACCAUCUAAACAUAUUCAUCGUAGUGUACAAAAUGAACAGCAACCCCAACAACCACAACAACCACAAUCACAACAAAAUUUAGGAAAUAAUACUACUACAGGUACACGUAUACCAGCUACAAUUGUUGUACCUGGUCUUUCUAACUCCGCAUCAUUUCAUCGUAGACGUCGUCGACAUGAAGUUCAUCGAGGAGCACUUGCUUCAGGUAGUGAUAGUAGUUCAUCUAUAGGAGUAUCAAGUGUUGGAUUAGGUGGAGGUGCAGGAAAUGUUAGUGCUAGUCCAGCUUCAUUUUUCACUGGACCACCACCAACUGCUUAUCCACAUUUAAGUACAAUACCUACAACUGCAUCAACAUUAUCUUCAAAAUCUUUACUUUCACAAACUCAUACAAUUUCAUCAUCGUCAUCUUCAAGUAUAAGCACUUCUACUCCGAGUACAAAUGUAACAACAAUAUCAAAUCAAUCAUCGAACAAUUUAGAUCAACAUCAACAUCAUCAAAAUAGUAAUCCUACUACUACACAAAUAGUAAAUCAUAACAAAUUGUUGGAUCAUCCACCUGGUCUUAUUCCUGUAUCAAUUCCACAUUCUCAUUCAUCCACAUCAUUAUCGUCUAUUUCAACAUUAUCUUCAGAACCUCCACCACCUCCUCUAUUAGCUCCUAUCAUAAAUCCUCAUCAUCAUCAUAGUCAUAGUCAUAGUCAUCAUUCUUCAAAUCAAAAAUUAUCACAUUCAAAUCAGAAUACACCAUCUACAUUAAAUCUUUUACAUAACAAUAACAACAGCAACAAUAUUAGUAGUAGUAGUAGUAAUAGUACAACAGAUUUAAAUAUAACACCGAAUAAAUCUAUUCCACCAGCUCCACCUAUUCUUCAUUCUAUUCAUCCACCAAGUACAAAUUCUAUCAAUUCAACUUUAUCAUCACAUCCUCCGACAUCUCAACAGUUUUAUUCUCAUCAUCCUCAACAACAGCAACAACAACCACACCAGUUUUCAUCCCAUGUCUAUCAUCAUCAACAACAUCAACAUCCAAUGUCGUCAUCCAUGCAUCCUCAGCAUCAGCAACAGCAACAUCAUCAUCCUGCUGCUACUGGAUCCAUUCAUCAUUCAUAUCCAACUUCAUCAUUAAGUCAAAAUUCAUCAUCAUCACGAUCUAUGUCACCUAUUCCAAUGGAAAUGAAUCAUGCAUCAUUAUCAUCGUCGCCGCCGCUGCCAGUACCAGCAUCAGCGGCACUAGCAUCGUUAACACAAUCAUCAGAUCUUUAUAAAAUACGUCAUUUUGAUAUGACCGAUGAAGAACGUCGUCGAAAGAAACGACGUGAAAAGAAACGUCGUAAAGAGAAAGAAUAAAAUGGUUUGUUACUACUCCUCUUGUUAUGAUUAUUAUUAUUAUGAGUAAUUUAGUUUAUAAUUUUUUUUUCAAAAAUGACACUUAUUUUUUUUUUCUUAUUCUUGUAAAAAAAAUAACUGUGUUUUGUUUUUUCGGAAAAUUUGUCGUCGAAAUCUUGUUUCAAAUUUAGCAUUGGUAAACUUUCUCCCUAUUAUUUAUUAUAUUUGUAUGGUUGAAUAGAAAUAAAAAAUGCCAUGUGUUUCAGGAUGUGAUAUAUAUA